GUCCAUCUUCUCUUUGGUCCUCACUCUCACAAUUUCCCCCUUCCCUGUUCUUCCCAUUUCCCCUUCUCUCUCUCUCCUCUCACUCUCUCAAUUCCUUGCAUUUCCAUCCAUUUGCAUGGUUUGUGACGCGCAUUGCGCUGCUGGGACUGCUCUGCAAAGUUUGGUUUGCUAGGAUUUGAGGUUGUAGAAGUGUAGAAAAGAUAGAACAAUCUCUUUCUCUUUCUUGUGAUUUCCAUAGAGCCUGCUUACCAGAGAGCUUAACUGCGAGAGAGAAAUUUGUCCAGAGAGACCGGUCUAUGAUACAGCACGGCGACUGGCUUUACUUUUGAAAGGAGCAGUGAUUUUGCUACUGUCUCCCGAGGAGUAGGCUGUUCUUGGCUGUUUGAAUUGCUGGGAUCUUCCAUUCGAGUCGAGGUGUUGUUGUAUUUUUUUUUCCAUGCAACUCCCUCAAGACUGACUCUUAGAUCUGGUAGUAGAAGCAGGAGAGAUAAAAGCGAGCACAGAGAUCAAACAAGAAAAAGGAACUUAGAUUCACGUAGUUUGUCUGCUUGAUUAAUUACUCAUUCAUAGUCUCUUCCCUUUUCUCUUCAUCCCUUUAAGCUAUCUAGUGAGGACCAAAGGAAUGGACUUGGAGCACUCCUCUCCAGCAAACAUGUCUCCCCGGAAGAAGUACUCUACACACUUCCUUAUGUCCUUUGCUGCUUUUGAUAGUUGCCGGAAACCUCCUGCCAACAUCGAUCUAAGGGAGAUAAACUCCGAGGUUUCAGUAGAGGAGGACAUUCCGGAAUGGAGACGGAGAGCGUCGACUCCCUCUCCAAAGAAUGGAAAUCGCAGGAAAAAUCGUCUUUCACACAGUUUGUCGGCUUCGUUUCGUUCUCAGGGGAAAGAACACUGCUCGAACCGGGAAGAGCAUGUCUCGACAUUCCCCACGAAGAAGAGGGUGGCGAAAGAUGCUACUGUGAAGCUCGACCAGCAUCCGGUAGAACCCGAAGGGUCUAAUCCUCGCCGUCUGGACUACAAAUUUCGACACAAACUCACACCUCUGGAAGUUGUCAAGGUUGAUAACGAGAUCAAGAGAGGAAACUUUAGCGCUUCUCCAGGAGCAUCUGAUAGUGAAACUUCGACUGAGCUUUCGGACCAGAAAAUAGAUCUGGACACUUUGUUCGUGAUAGAAAAGAGCCCGGUCCUCCCGAUGCCUACGGCUCCAACACUAGAAGAGAUCGAGAAAGACAUGAAGGUGGGAGGAGGAACAUCAGGCUUCUUGACAUGCCAGGACGUGGAGAAAUCCAUCCUGACCGUGACCGAGGAGCUCGGUUCUAGCAGUAGUAUCAGUCCAAGAGAGCAAUGGCCGGAUGGAGAAGACAAGGUUGCGUCCAAGCACAUCCUGUCGCUGCUCCAAAGAAAGCCUUCAGACGAAGAACACCUCAAGGAGGAGAACGUAGAAAGUUGCAAGAAGGAUCUCGCCGGCGAGCUCAUCUCCCAAGUUCCCAUCCUUUCGAAUCUGGAAGAGAUGCUCAAGAUAGCCAACUCCGACUCCAAACGCGACGCGAGCUUCGGGAAGCGCCGGUUGAUGUACACCGACACGAUCGACUCCAUGCGAACUGCGGUGAAACCAUCCAAGCACGACAACAUAGUAGCUCCAGGAAAAUGCGAGAGUUUUAGUCCAGCCACCACCUUGUGGCAAACAGCGCAACCAUUCCAGCAGCAGCAGCAGCAUUGGGAGACCAAGCUUCCUCCUCCUCUUGGUGGCUUACUGCGGCCACCAUCGCUAAACUACUCGGCUCCUCCAAAUACUUUCCUCCACACCCGGCCAGUGGCAGCAGGGAUGGGGGAAACUCCUCUAGUUCCUCAGGCUCUACAGGCCCUCCAGCGGCUCGUGGAUCAUCAGCUCCACAUCCUCAACAGCAUCCCGGGCGAGGUUACUCCAGGGAUGCUGCAUCAGAGAUUGAGUCGGAGUGUUUUGGGUUAUCCGGCCACGGGAACUCACCUCCUCCUUGCAACUUCUGGUGCUCCAGCGUAUAGAUUUGCAUGAGCUCUAUUCUAACUUGGUGAAUCAACUUAUGCACAGAACUUUGUUCUUUUAAGAUUUAAUUAAGCUUUCCUAUUUAUUUAUCCUUUU